GGGUAGUGUCGCGCUAGUCGGUUGUCUCGUGGAUGAUCAUCAAAGCUCUGGACCGAACAGAAAGGCGAUCGCUGCCUCACUGGAUGUGCAUACAACGCCUCGUUAACACAAACGGGCACAUGUCUCGAUUCUCUAUACAUAUAUUAUCUGCUAGAGAUUUUACUGAAGUUGCAGCCUUCUACGCAAUCUCAGACGCCCUCGAAGAUGGCCUAUGACCAUGCUUUCUUGCUACGCCAGUACAGCGUGUUCAAUGUGUAUACAUUCAUCAUUCUUACAUCGCUCCUUUUCUCAACAAAUCUGGCGCAUCUAACAAGCCCCUCUGGCACAUGGGUAUCCCGCAAGACCCAACUCCUCCUGGAAGCACCAUCGCCAAAGCGAGACUGGCAAGGUCCGGGUCCUGAAAUGGCUCGACUGCUCCAAGUGCCUGUCAGCAUAAGCAAGAGCGGCAGUGAAAAACACAUCGGCCCAGGAUCCCGCGCCAAGCUCGCUCUGUCAGCUCUCCAGACAUGGUACAAUGAAACCACAGGCCUCUGGGAAACGACAGGAUGGUGGAACGCAGGAAACAUUAUCACGACGUUUGGUGAUUACGCAAAGGCAUUUCCUGAGGACGCGGACUUGCAGGCUCUAACGAGGGAUGUCUUCUCGAAUGCACUUGCUCGUGCACCAAUCAUGAACCCUCAUGCGAACUACGAAGAUGAACCAUCAAACAGUACAACUGACAAUCAAGAUGGUUCAAUGUAUGUUGAUAGUGGAUAUACCAAGGAACUUGAUCCGAUAACCUAUGAGCCCCGUUGCAAGUUCCCGCCGAAUUGGAAAGAUGGAACCAAGAACAUUUCAAACACAGAGGUUGCACACCAUAUUGAGAGUCCAGACCCACAAGACUGGCUCGAUGGCUUCAACGAUGAUGAUCUUUGGUGGGCGCUGGCUUGGAUCAAUGCCUACGAUGUUACCAACCACCAACCGUACCUUGACCUUGCCGAAGGCAUCUUUCUCGCGGCAGCCAAGACAUGGGGCACUUAUUGCGAUGGCGGCAUAUACUGGAGUUGGAAAAAGAACUACGUCAAUGCCAUCGCGAAUGAACUCUUCCUCAGCACUGCAGCACAUCUAGCUAAUCGGGUUGAGCAUAAGAAAGAGACGUACCUUGAUUGGGCGAUGAAGAGUCAUGACUGGUUCUUCGAAAGCGGAAUGAUCAACAUCAACGGUACUGUCAAUGACGGUUUAACGGAGGACUGCGAGAACAAUAACAAGACAGUCUGGUCAUACAACCAAGGCGUGAUUCUGGGCGGCCUUGUCGAACUCCAGCGGGCCGACUCUCCCUUGGAGAGUAACUUUCUUGAGGCUGCACACCACAUUGCGCGAGCAGCCAUUUCUGCGCUCUCGGGCUCCAAUGGAGUCAUUCACGAUGUUUGUGAGCCAGAAUGUGGUUUUGAUGGUGGGCAGUUCAAGGGUGCCUUCAUGCGAAACCUGGUCCGGCUACAGCAAGCAUAUCCAGAUGACAUGUUUUCCGCGACGAUUCACGUAAACGCCGAAUCCAUCUGGAAGAAAAACAGGGAGAUGGAUGAAGGACUUCCGUUUUUCGGUGUGGACUGGGAUGGCCCGUUUGUCGAUCCUGCGGAUGCUAGCUCGCAGAGCAGCGCCAUGGACGCGCUAGUUGGUGCUGUAGUCACGGAGUGGGAGUAUUAUAGCAAUGACAACGAUGGGACUUGA